AUGGAACUAGGGGGAGGUCUGGAGAGAUUAAAUCAGCCAGGAAGGGUGUUAGAUCCUGUACUUUUUUCAUCUAUUGUUAAGUAUGUGGCAUACGAUAAGUUGGCAUAUGAUUUUUUGGGAUUCACCACUAAUCUCUCAACUGUGAAGGUUCUGGCACCGGUACAUGAGGCAUUAGGGGAUGAAAAGUGGAGGAAAACUGUGAUAAAGGAGAUGGAAGCUCUUGAGAAAAAACAAGACUUGGUAGUUGGUAAGAUUACUAUUCUAAUUGUUUAUGUAGACGAUAUUAUUAUUACUAGAGAUAGUUUUGAAGAAAUGGAGGCUAUUAAGAAGGUUCUUGCUCAGGAUUUCGAAUUGAAAGACUUGGGGCAGUUGAGGUAUUUUCUUGGUAUGGAGAGUGGUAGGAGUAAAAAGGGAAUUUCAGUUUCACAGAGAAAAUAUGUGCUGGAUUUACUGAAAGAGAUAGGUAUGCUAGGUUGCAAGCCAAUUAAGACUCCCAUUGAACCAAAUAUGAAAUUUGAGAAAAUGAGUUGUGAUGCUCUGGUUGAUAAAGGUAGGUAUCAAAGGCUGGUUGGGAAGUUGAUAUACCUAUCUCAUACAAAACUUGACAUAGCCUUUCCAGUGAGCGUAAUGAGUCAGCAUAUGCAUAACCCACAAGAGAAGCAUUUUGAGGCUUUGACUAGGAUUCUAAGGUACCUUAAAAUGACCCUUGGGAAGGGGUUGUUUUUUGGUAAAAAGAAUGAAAGGACGGUAGAAGCAUUCACAGAUACGGACUGGGCUGGUUCUGUGGAUGAUAGAAGAUUGACCUUAGGUUAUCGCACUUUUGUUUGGGGAAAUUUAGUAACCUAG